CCUCCAUCUUGCCAAGUUGUCUGCUGUGGGCCGGUUUAGAAUCAAGGUUUUGGAAAGCAAAUGGACAAAAAUUAAAAGAAAAUUUUGCAAGGAAAGAUGGUAAUGAUGGCAACAGAUGCUGUGAGAAAUCCACUGCCCAGUGGGCCCUCGACACUGUGUUUUAAUAAGGAGGAAUUUAUGCGGGAUGAUUUUGAUGUUGACAAGUUUGUUGUGGAGUGUCGUAGAAGAGUUCCUCUGGAAACCUUGCGGGAUGAUCUCAGUGUUUACCUUAAGGUGCUUAAGACUGCCAUGAUAGAACUCAUCAACAAGGAUUAUGCAGACUUUGUUAAUCUUUCAACCAAUCUGGUUGGAAUGGACAAAGCAAUAAGCAAUCUAACUGUGCCACUUGAACACUUUCAAGAAGAAGUUUUGGCAGCCAGAUCUGCAAUGGAUGAAGCUAUCAGUACAGUGGAAGAGAAACUAAAGAAAAGAGCAGAAUGUAGGGACAAAAAGGCCUGUGUUCAGCGGCUAAUGAAUAUCAUCCAUUGCGUGGAGAAGAUGGAGAAGCUAUUGAGGAUACCACCAGAAGCAGAUGAAGAGCAGAUUAAGCAGUCAGCAAGUGAAUUGAAUGGACAACUGAUAGAAAGGGUGGCAACUGAGUUCAACAAGCUUCAGUUUUAUGUUAAUAAAAGUAAAGGACUCCCUCUUUUGGAACAGAUAAGACCAAGAAUUUCUGCCAUUACCACCACCUUGCAAUUCAGUCUGGAAGGCUCAUUCAGAGAAGGCCUUGAGAGGAAAAACCCAGAGAUCCUUCGGCAGUGUCUGCGCACCUAUGCCACAAUAGAUAAAAUGAAAGAUGCAGAACAACUCUUCAGGCAGUAUACAGUGAAACCAUACAUGGAAGAAGUUAUAAGUGACCAGUUCAUUAAAACCAAUACACAAGGUUUGCGGGGAAUGUAUCACAAAAUACUGGAGUUCAUACCCCUCCAUUGUAAACUGAUCAAAGAAGUCACUUCAGGUUCUCUGCAGAGCACCAGUGGAGAGGUUGUCCGUGGCUAUGACUUCUUGACUAAUGCUGUGUGGCCUGAAAUAGUCAGCAAUGUGGAAGGGAACAUUCCAUUUAUAUUUGCACCUGGAAAUCCAGACCUCUUCCAUGAGAGAUACAAUAUAAGCAUGGAAUUUGUAGACCAGUUUGAGUGCCAGUGUGGCUCCCAGGCCAGUGUCAAGAGGUUGAGGGCUCAUCCAUCUUUCAAUACCUUCAUGUCUAAGUGGAGCCUGCCUGUAUAUUUCCAGAUAAGGUUUCAAGAAGUUGCUGGAAGCUUUGAGAAUGCCUUGCUGACACCAUUUAAUGUCACUGCAGAUUCCAAAGAGUUUCACUUACAUUCCACCACAGUGUUGUGGUCCUGCUUGUGCAAAUGUUGGUCUGAUGAUGUAUUCCUCUCAGGGCUCUGUCACAGAUUCUGGAAGCUCACAUUGCAGCUACUAGCCAGGUAUUCAAACUGGAUUGAGGCAGUGCAUGCUAAAGAGCUAACAGAAAAGGAUGGAAAUUCAGCAGACCCUGGGGUCUCUAACCCUGGGACAGGGAGUGGUGAUCCUCCUGCUGUGGCACCACGUCCUGCUCCCGUCACCCUGGGACAGGUGGUUGCCAUGGUUGCAGAUGCACACAGAGUAGAUUCCAAGGUUACAGCUUUUUUUACUGAAGUAAUCAAACCAAAAUUGAAAACAACAGGAUGUCAGGAUAGUGCUAUUCUGGAAGAAAGUCUCCAGGAGUCCCAGACAUCUAUCACGAAGCAUCUUCCAGGGUUUGGUGAAUAUAUUGUAAAAGAUAUCACUGCACAGUGCUCAGUUCACCUGAAGCUAGUCAAUGACAUACCUAGACUAUAUCGUAGGACAAACAGAGAGGUUCCCUCCAAGACUUCUGGUUACCUGAACAGUCUCCUCAAACCACUGAAAAUGUUCCUGGAUGAGCACAAAACUACAAUAAGUGAGGAAAUGUAUAGGUCUUGGGUGAUGAAA